UCGGGUCUCCCAGCACUUGGCGAAGCAGCAGAAAGCUGAUAAGCAAGCCUCCGGCGCAGACCUGUCUCCCGCCUGCCUAACCUCCAAGGAAGCCAGCCCUGUCUGGGCUAUAGCUUGUUUUAUUUUCGUUUUUAUAUGUUCUAAAACUCCUUAGAAUUUCUUUGCGAUACCCAGAGCCAUGAAGGUAGCGCUGCCCAAGGACCUGGCGCAGGAAGUUGCCCUGUCCAAGAGGAGACAGGCGGAGUUGUGCAGGCAGAAACGGAUAUUCAACGCCAGGAAUAGGAUCAUUGGGGGAGACCCAGAAGCCUGGGAUGUUCAGGUUCACGACCAGAAGAUAAAAGAAGCAACUGAAAAAGCUAGAGACGAAACCUUUGCUGCUGAAAUGAGGCAAAAUGACAAAAUCAUGUGCAUAUUAGAAAACCGGGAAAGGAGAGAUAAGAAAAAUCUCUGUAGAGCUAUCAACAACUUCCAGCAGAACUUUCAGAUGCCAGAAACUCGCCGUGAAUUUGAUCUGUCUGACCCCCUAGCUCUAAGGAAAGAUCUUCCUGCCCGGCAGUCAGAUAAUGAUGUUCGGAACACAAUAUCGGGAAUGCAGAAAUUCAUGGGAGAGGAUUUAAACUUCCAUGAGAGGAAGAAAUUCCAAGAGGAACAAAACAGAGAAUGGUCCUUACAACAACAAAGAGAAUGGAAGAAUGCCCAAGCUGACCACAAAUUUGCAGACAUACACCUGGUCCCACCGAAACUGCUCUGGAUGACCUCGUGCCGCCCAGGCCAAGCUGUCAGUCUUCAUCUUGACCCGUCAGCAGCAGAGGACCUCUACACGAAGACCAGGCUGCAGUUUGACGAGACCGCCAGGCACCUGCAGGACCUGGAGAGUGCCACCAGAACGGCAGUUUGCGCCUCUGUGAAAGAGUUCAACAAGAACCAGGCUUUGGAGUCAGCAGAAAAGAAAAAGCGAGAGAAAAACCAAGAACAAGAGGACAACCUGGCCGAGAUCUCAAACCUCCUGCGUGGGGACCUGCUCUCCGAGAACCCGCAGCAGGCAGCCAGCUCCUUCGGGCCCCACCGCGUGGUUCCAGACCGCUGGAAGGGCAUGAACCAGGAGCAGCUGGAGCAGAUCCGCAUCAUUCAGAAACAGCAAAUCCAGGAGAAACUGAAGCUGCCCUCAAGGAACCUGUGUUCUGGUCAGGGGAGAUGGCAAGGGCCAAAUAAUCACAUCACUGGUGAUGCUGCAGCAGGGCUGGGAAAGUAAAGCUCUAGGUAAAGGACGUUGCUUGGGGAGGGCUCAUGAGAAGGGACAUUUGAGCAAAGACCCAAAGGCAGGGAGAGAGCGAGCCAUUCAGACAUGUGAGGGCAGGUGAGCCUGGCAGGAAGGUCAGCAAGGGCAAAGGCCUCGGGGCAGGACCAUGCUUGACCCUUUCAGAGGCCAGCGAGGAGGCCAGGGUGCCUGGAGCAGAGUGAGGGGCGAGGGCAGGAGCCGAGGUCCGAGCGGCGGAGGGUCGAGGUCCUGGCAGGCCACUGGGGUCAACUUUGGCUGAGUGAGGAGCUUUGGGGGAUCUUGAGCAGAGGGGUGACAUGAUCUGACUUUCAAUUUAAAAGGAGCCCUCUUCGCUUUGUACUGUGUUGAAAGUAGCCUCUCUGGGGCCAGGGGGAAGAAGUGAGCUCUCUCGGAGACCGUGGCAGGGGUCAAGGUGAGCGAUGAGGUUGGGUAGGCCAGGGAGGGGGUGCUGAGGUGUGGUUGGAUCCUGGGUCUGUUUUGAAGAUUGCCUGAUGGAUUGGGUGUGGCACAUGACAGGAGUGGAGUCAAGGAUGACAGCAGGCCUUUUGGCCUGAACAACUAGAAGGAUGGAGUUGGCAUUUUCAGUGGUAGGCAGAUGGUGAGAAGAGCAGAUUGGAAGGGGGAGUGGAAAUCACAACCAAGCAAGGGGCUCCCGGGUACUGACGAUGACUGCAGAGGGGAUGCUGCUUGUAACAGAAGCUGGGCUGAAGAAGGAGGGAAACAAGGAUGGAAGGGGCACAGUGGUCGGUGGCUUGUCGGUCAUGGUGGGAUGGAAUAAUUGUUGGGAUUGGGUUGCUAGAGAGAGAACCGGAAAGGGAGCUCAUAGUGAUGGUGAAUGGGACGCCUGAAGUUGAGACGAGGGAGGGUGGCUUUAUAGAUAAUGACGAGGUCAAGGGCAGAGGUUCUCAAGUGGGCAUCUGCUGCAUCAGUGUCACCUGGAACUUGGGAGAGAUACGGUUCCUCAGACCCCGCCCCAGACCCCCCGAGUCAGAAACUGUGUUGUGGGGCCACAGGGUCAGAGGCUGAGCCCACCCUCCAGGGGGUUCUGACUUCUGCUCAAGUUCCAGAACCACUGCUAGGAUGUGCCCAGGGAAGUGAGUAGCUAAAGAGUCAGGACCAGAUGGUCGAAGAGGAGGAGAAAGAACCAAGAAGUCAGGGAAAGGGUGAAUGUUGAAUCCAUUAAGGAUGAUGGCAGGGGAGAGUCUGGAAGAGUUUCUAAAACUUUCUAGAAUGGGCAGGACUGCCCCACGGGCUGGGAGAGGACUGCCAGGUAGGGCGGUGGGUGGCACAGUUGCGUGUGAGCUUCCUAGCUGGCAGGAGGAUGAGGGCAUGAGGCGCAGGUGGUGCCCAGAGGUGUGCAUGUGUGGGAGAGAAGGCUGCAGGGGUGGCUGGGGCCUGGAGGCCAUCGGGGGCCACUAGCUCAGGAAGCAGCCCCGGGUGGAACAGCCACUGAUGUUGGAGUGAGGACACAGGGAGAGGUCGCCUUUGCUCAGCCCUCACCACCCGCACCGCAAUCCCAGGACAGCCUGGCAAGGAGCCCGGCUGUCUGUCCCAUCUGGUUCUCAGAGUAACACAUGCCCGCUGUAGAAAACUAGCAAGACAGACAAGCACAGAGAAGAAGCUAAAUACCACACUAGCCCCAGCUCCCAGAAACACACCACCCCUCCCCCACGCACCUUUUGGUGUCCUUCUGCCCUGUCUCUUUCUCUGUGCACAGAGAUAAUUUUAAAACUGACAUCAUGCAGAGUAGUUGUUUGUCUGCCUUCCUCUUAGUCUGGGGUGAGUGUGCCCCCAUGUCAUGCUGUAUCCUUGACCAAAGCAUCUUGUAAUGACCUAGGGCGGCUGUGAGUGGCCUCAUGUUACAGGUGAGGAAACUGGGGUGCGGGGGAGCUGAGCCACAUGCCCCCCAGGAGUAAACCUGCCUUUCAAUCCCCAGGUGGGGGCUGGGGCCUGUCCCGCCCUGCCCCCUCCAGGAGGCCAGUGACCCAGGCCUGGGGGCCACUGGGCACGCCCACCCUGCCCAUCGCACAGAGGUGACAGAGGUGGAAGGAAGGACAACUCUUCUUCCGCUGGCGGCCCACCCACUCUUGCUUCCCUUUGCCCCUUAGGAAAGGACGAGCUAAUGAAGCAGUGCCAGCUUUCGAUGACAAGAUGGAACUGUUUGCUCUCUCAGGGGGGCGAUCCCCUCCCUCCAUCCUAUCCGGUCCCCUCUUCCAGGGCUCCCUGGUUUUUAAAGAGGGAGCUGGGGUGCAAUGAGGAAUGAGCCGCAAUGCAGACCUUCAGUGGCCGGGCUGGGGCCCCCCAUGGUGGUGACCCCCCUGUUGCAGGCUGGGGCUGCAGCAGCCGUGUGUUCUAAAAGUCCCCGUUCCAGCCAGGUUGAGCUGCCCGCUGCACGCCCCACGCUGGUGUCCCAGGGGCUGGUCUCUGACUGUUGACCCACUCGGAGAUCACCUGCCUGGGGCCGCACCCGGAGGGGAGCGGCACCCCCAGAAUUGAGCCCUUGCUGUCCUUUCCCUAGGCUAGCACCUCGCAGGGGUGAGAAGUGGCUCAGCCGCCUGGAAUGGUGGCAGGCUGGGGGUGUCCCUGCCCCCGAGCCUCAGUCUCCCCCCUCUGUAGGACGAGAGGCCUGGACUCCGCUUUGAUCCCUCCGGGCGCUUUGGCUGAGUCUCCCCUCCUCCUGCAGAGGCUCCAGGAAGAGGAGCGCCAGCGGGCCCUGGACUGGGACCGGCGGAGGGUCCAGCGGGCCCGCGCCACCCUGCUGAUGGAGCGGCAGCAGCAGCGGCAGCAACGCGACCUGCG